UACCAUGAUUACAUACUCUUUGAUCACUAGGUUUUGAUUUUUUUGAUAAAAUAAUUUUAUUUUAAAAUUAUGUAUCCCAUUCAAAGAGUAAAUGUGACCACUUUGAUGUACCCACGGAAGGUUAAGGCAAAGACUACAAUAUUAUACUGAGUUUACGGUCGGUACUGAGUAGUGAGUACCUAUAACUGACCUAUUGUGUCAGAUUUCAAUUAUUAUCUUGCUAAAAGAAACCAAUUGUUUUCACUGUUUUCUUUCCUGAAGUCUACAACAAACGUGUCGAGUGAAAGAAUGGAAAAUAAGACUAUACAAAUAGAAGUAAAACUUGAACUCCCGGAUGAUUAUGAGAAAAAGUGUAGAAUAUGUUUACUUGAAGGUACACUAUUAAUAUUUUCCGAGGCAUCUGAUUUGUUGGAAUCGAUACAAUUUUUUGGUGGUAUCAAUAUAUCAGAAGAUGAUACUUUCCCUAAAUAUUUGUGUAAAUCCUGUUAUUGUUUGCUCCAAAACGCUAUUUUAUUUAGAAAGAAAGCUCAAGAAACCAAUUCACAGUUACUUUUAGAAUGUGAACGAAAAAAAUUUAGCCCUUUAGUUGAUGUAAAAAAUACACCAGAGGGAAAUGAAGAUAUUAUUAAAAGUGAAGGCUUUAAUAGUUUUGGUAAUGAUGAUGAAAAUGCAUCAGAAGCUAGUUUUAAAAGUGAAUCCUCCAAUGUAUGUGAAAAUAAUGUUCAAGAUACACCAGAGGGAACUAAUGUUAUUAAAAGUGAAAGCUCAAAUGUAUCUAGAAAUGUUUUAAAUACACCAAAGAGAAACAAAGUUACUAUCAAAAAUGAAGACUGUAAUGUAUCAAGAAGUGAUGUCCAAAAUACACAGGUGGGAAAUAAAGAUGGCAACAAGAGUGAAGGCUCUAGAAAUAUAUCUAACAGCUACAGCAAAAAAAUAUAUGAGUGUGCCAGCUGUAAAAUUGAAUUCAGUAAAAGAAAAGAUUAUACCAGUCACAACAAAUCCAAACAUAGUCACAUACAGUGCACAAUAUGUCAAAAGUUAGCACCAGCUCAGCGGUAUAAGAGGCAUUUAGCAAGUCAUGAAACAGAUUCUUAUGUUAUUUGCGAGAUCUGUGGUAAAUUGUUCAAAAAAGGAGCCAUGGCGAAACACCUGCUAUUACACAACAAUAAUCUGCCUUUUCCAUGUAAGCUCUGUCCGUACCGGGGUCGGUAUUAUGAAGCAUUGAGGCUUCAUAUGCGAAAACAUACCGGUCAAAAACCAUACUCAUGUGAUAUUUGCCAAAUGAACUUCAUCACUAAAAGUAAUUUAAACAGGCAUAGUCUGAAACAUAGCAAGCUGAGGUCUCACAAAUGUGGCCAGUGUAAUAAAGCUUUUAGCACAAAUAGAGAUAUGGUAAUUCACAUUAAGAAAGAUCACGAUGGAAUAAAAGAAUUUGAAUGUAAAAUAUGCGGCAAUAAAUAUGGCGCAAAGAGAGUUCUUAGGAAACAUGAAAUAACAGUUCAUAAAAGAGAUAAAAUGAUACCAGGUCGAAAGCCCUUGUAUUUGCAACCUGAAUAUAAAACCCAACUUUAGAUAUUCAAAAGUUAUCAAUUUGGCAAAAAUGUCAAAGCUACCCUAAUUAGGCUCAGCUCUUUGACCAAGUAAGCUGGAAUUUCUUGCAAAAGUCAACUUUAAUACACUGUAAAUAUUUACAAGUCAAGUCAUCAAGAUAGCAUCAAGCUUCUAGAAAAUAUGAAAAUAUCCUCCAAUCUCAACUUUUGACAAUGCAUCAAAUCCAGGGCAAAACUGAUCCCUCUACUUUUGAUAUAGGUACCUUCAAGUCAAGAGUGAAUAGGCAUCUGUUGGGCAAGCUCCAUCUUAGGCUGCACCUCUAAUGUCUGCAGAACUUAUUACAGCCAAGCAUUAGUAUAUAAAUU